UUCGAGAUGUGGUGCUACCGUCGCAUGCUGCGACUAAGCUGGACCCAGAAAGUCACCAAUAUGAAGGUUCUCCAACGCGUCGGUAUGUCCCGGAAAUUGAUGCAAACUGUCAAAAAACGGAAAGUAGCGUAUUUGGGGCAUAUUCUUAAAAAUGAAAGAUACCAGCUGCUUCAAUUAAUUAUGAUGGGCAAAAUUGAAGGGAAAAGACGUCGAGGGAGGAGGAAGAGGUCAUGGCUGCGGAACAUCUGGGAAUGGACCGGCGUUACAACCGUAGAACAGCUGUUUCGUCUCGCUUCUGACAGAGAAGAGUUCUCAAAGCUGACGGCCAACGUCCAGUAA